UAUUUCCAAAUUAUUGUGUUUCUGAGCCAAAUAGAUUUCGUAAUAACUGCGCACCAGGGCUUGUUGCUGAAAUACAUUGGAUUAAAAUGAUAUUUAUUAAGCUAAACCGUUAUAACAGUAUCGUCAAUAUAUUGCUUAUUUUUUUAUUUUCGUCCGCUGAAUGUUUUAGUCCGGAUUUGACAAAUAAAGAUCGCAAUUACUCUAGAGCAGCAUUGAAGCCACUCUUCGAUGAAAAUCUGUUCUGGGUGUCAGGUGAUAUACCGAUACUUAAUAGAAAGGUUUUCAAAGGCAUGCGUGUUACGAUCCGCGAGCAUCCGUACAUCGCGAGCGUGCGCAGGGACCUGGCUCACUACUGCGUGGCGACAAUGCUCACUAAGAACGUGUUCGUAACUGUAGCACAUCCUUUGAUCGACAUACCAAUAUUCGAGUUCACAGUAGUUGUGGGCGAGAACUACGCGGACCGUGGCUCUGGCCUCCUCACAGUCACCAUAAUAAUCAUUCACGAACUUUUCGACCGAUACACACUGGCAAAUGAUGUAGCCUUAAUAAGAGUAUACGAAGACACGGCAUACAGAUGUUCUGUAAAGUCGAUCCAAUUGGUUCAUCCGAGUAUUCCGUUGAAUCGUGCGCGAGCUUUCGUCACUGGCUGGGGGCGCUGUGAUCGCACGGGCAGAGAGCUGUGUUUACCUCGGUCAACGAAGUUUACGCCCGGCGAGAAACUGGACCCCAUGUUAAGAACGGUGUCCUUCAUUAUAAAACUUCCGAAUUACUAUUGUGAAGGCUACAAACAAAAUGGUGUUAACUUCAGUCCCGGUAUGAUGUGUUUGGGGCAAGCGCGUGAGGAAGACAAGAUGGCGCCGUGUCUCGCUGCUCCUGGGGCACCACUCGUGGUGGAAGCACAUCUCGCGGGGUUGCUGUCUUGGGGCUACGGCUGUGGAUACGAUAACGAUCUCCCACUCGUCUAUACCAACAUACAGCAUCACCAACCAUGGUUCCUCCACAACAUCCCGAUACUGCGCCGCAUCACUCACUCUAACUUAACCAUACUUUUUGAAGCGGAGCGCGCUUUCGUCAUGUCUAUGUGGCUAGCUAUGACCAGGAUACACCCCCCACCUCCUCUAACCGUCCUCGAUAAACCGUUGGAAAUGCUGAAACUGGACCGGGAACUGGCCAAGUUAAGGGGAAAGGUCUACGACUUGAGGGACUACCUUUUCAACGGUAUACAGCAUUUGUAUAAAGUGAGGUUAUAUGAAAUAUUAAGGCAGAGGAUACUUGAGAGGCAAUUCCUGAUCAAGAUAAGGAAUGAAGCCAUAAAAAUGAGUCCUGAACCGUUUUUGAACUUGUCCUUCGACUCGGAGCCUGAAAUAAUGCAACAAAUGAAGAUCCAUGAAAAGCCUCGAGUUUUGGAGGAACCCGAAGUCACUGAUACUGAAAGUGACAAUAGUUACGGAGACUAACUGUUAUACGAACCGUCUCUGAUAUUUUUAAUAGAAAUUGAUUAAUUUAAAUAAUAUAAUUACACUAGUUGCUG